UCAGUGGCACGACCCAGCCAGUAUGUUUCGAACCUAACUACUGAAAAAGCUUACUUACAGCAAACUACCAAAUGCUAUUCACGGCUAUAAAGCAGCUAACCUACACCCAGUACCAUCAUUUUGUUGCUGCGUAAUGACGUUAGGAAACUGUUUGUCGCGACGCUAGUUUACGGAAUUUGUGUAAGAGUAUCUGUGGAGAGCAUCCGGUUUGCAUCUAAUUGGUGUCUUCCGUGGUUGUGAAGCUAUUGUAAACAACAUUGGGUGAACAACGUACUCUACGAAACUGGCAACCUUUGUACUCCCUCUAAAAGUGUGACAUUACAAAAGAUAAACAUGAUGGCGUCGAGUUAUAGUGCAAAGGAAGAGGAUGGCCAUCAUUCAGUGACAGCGGGGCCAGCGGUGAAGAGUAAGAAGCCGGACAAUACAGCAUUCAAACAGCAGAGAUUACCUGCUUGGCAACCUAUUCUGACCGCUGGCACUGUUCUUCCUGCUUUUUUUGUAAUUGGCAUUAUUUUCAUCCCAAUCGGCAUUGGUCUCCUCGUCACUUCCAAUAACAUCAAAGAGUUCGAGAUCGACUAUACUGGAAUCGAUAUCAACAGUCCAUGUUAUAACUGCACACAGUAUGCUUUAUGGAACAGCACCACACCUUGCAAAUGCUCCGUCCCAUUUACACUAGAGCAGCCAUUUGAGGUACUUAUUCUUCUGUACUAUCCCCUAGGGAAUUUCUAUGGUGGGCACAGGCAUUAUGUCAACAGUGACUGUGAUAACAAGACAACUGGGUUUAAAAAUGCUCUGCGUAGCCCCAGCAAAGAAUGUGAGCCAUACCGUACAUCUAAUAAUAAACCUAUUGCUCCUUGUGGAGCAAUUGCUAACAGCAUGUUUAAUGGUAAGUUAUGCAGCACUGUUUUUCUUCUACAUGUUUUUAAAUUUGAAGUUAAUUGCAGCUCCAUGAGUUAUUGCAGCUCUGUGAUUUCCUUAUCUACAGAAAAUGUGAUAACACAAAACUUCUUUUUGUUUGUUUCAGACACCACAAAACCUUUGAAUUGGCAAAAAAAUGUUUAUGAACUUGACACUGACCCAGAUAACAAUGGUUUCAUCAAUGAAGACUUCAUUGUAUGGAUGCGUACUGCAGCUCUGCCUACAUUUCGAAAGCUGUAUGGCAUUAUAGAGAGAAAAAACAGCAUGUCUCCUACUCUCCAACGUGGAAAUUACAGCUUAGAAGUAAUGUAUCAUUACACAGUGCAUUCAUUUGAUGGGCGAAAGCGUAUGAUCUUGAGUACCAUUUCUUGGAUGGGAGGCAAGAACCCAUUCCUGGGUAUUGCUUACAUCACUGUUGGCUCUAUAUGCUUCUUUCUAGGAGUGGUAUUGCUUAUUAUCCAUCAUAAGUAUGGAAAUCGAAACAGCAGUGCUGAAAUUCCAAAUUAAUUGUACAUUCCUUGUAGAUCCUGACUACUGCUGCAUGUGCUGUAACAUUUUUUUUAAAGAAAAUCCACAAAAAACUGUUGUUUCUGUAAGAGUUAGAGUUUAUGCUGAUUGCAGUGUUGUGUCCUUUAUAUUUUUUGUAAAUGACCAGUAUGAUGCAGAGGAAGUGCUCUCAGCUAACGGGCUGAAAGCCUCUGAGCCAAGAAUUCCAAGCACUUGUGAAGAUAAUUGAGUAUGUGACACUGAACUGUUUGUUCUUGACUUGCAAACUGUACUUCUUGUUUCUAGCUCAUGUAAGCAUGUGUAUCUUUGUCUUCAUGAUUGACAUGUGUGGCGCUUACAUGUUAGUGCAUUACCGUCAUGUGAUGUUAUACACCCUGAUAAAUGUCUAGUACAUGAUGUCUCAUAAAUUUAAUAAUUUCCUGUUUCUGUGCUGCAUAGCACUGCUACAUAUGUUAGUUUUUGUUUCAUGAUUGUCCCCUUUAACGCAACAUUUUGUUGCUGAACAAUGAACUUGCUAUUCAGGUACCAGCCAGAUGUCUAGCCAACUAUGUAUAACGUGUAGUAUACAUUACCUUCUUUUCGCAGUAGUAGUAAUCAAAAAAUUAUGUACAUGUUAUUUAAAUUAUGAGGUAAAGAUUAUAACAUUUUGUUUAAUUUUAAGACUGUAUAGAGCCUCGUUUUAAAUUCUUUUACUGAUUUAUUGCUGAAAGUUGCAUUCUGUGAGCUGAAGAGAUGUUCUUUAUUUGAAUUCCAAAAUAGGCUGAAUGUAACCAUAAACACUUGUGCAUAUUUGUUGAUCUUGAAAUAUUUAUUUUCACAUACAAUGAAAUAAGACAUUGAAGUGAACUUGUUAAAAAGUACAAUGUUGCAUUAUGUAUGGAAUGCCACUGUAACUAAAUACAGUUUACUUGAACAAAUAUGAACUUGAAUAUCCAGUAAAUAGUAGCGAUUUUAAAAUUCCAUUUUGACAUAGUGCUAUGCUAUAAAACCAUUGCUGCCUCCAGCUUGAUGGAAAAAUUUUAAGAGGAAUAUGUCAGCAUUAUAUCAUUCAUUAAAGAUGAUAAUUACGUGGAAAACUGAA